AGAAAUGCACAGCGAAUUGCACAUUUCCUAUCUCCUGAGACAUUUCAACAACUUAACACAAAUCUCGAUGAUAUUCGAACGAUGGUGUCAUCACAUUUACAGAGUGAGGGAACUGGAGCUUUCUCCAUCUCUCGAAGUAGAUCAGGUACGCGAGGUAGACCAGCCAUUCAAAUAACGCGUGACCAAAUUGAAAUUUUAAUGAAACAAGGUCACACAGUGAAGCGAAUGGCAAGAAUAUUGGGGUGCUCCUCCUCAUUCCUGUACAAGAGGUCCAAGUUGCUUGGUUUGUCAGUCAGGAGCAGAAUGGCAGGAGUGGAUGAUGAAGAACUUGAAAAUGUAGUAAGACGACUUCAGUGCCAGUAUCCAAAUUCUGGGAAUGAGAUGAUGCGAGCCUUGCUGAUAGCAGAAGGAUUGAGGGUUUCACGGCAUAGGGUGCGUGAGAUGUUGGUUCGUGUCAACCCAGCAGCUGCUGCAAGGAGAUGGAGUAGCACAGUGGCUCGAAGAGGGUAUCACGUGCCCUUUCCCAACAGUCUGUGGCACAUUGAUGGCAACAUGCGCCUCAUAAGAUGGGGCUUUGUGAUUCACGGUGCCAUUGAUGGAUAUUCACGACUUAUCACGUACCUAAAUUGCAACACCGACAACUGUGCCAGCACCGUACUUUCUCAGUUUAUACAGGCAACAUGCCUUUAUGGCCUACCCUCUAGGGUAAGGUCAGAUCAUGGAGGUGAGAACUUACAAGUGGCCUUCUUCAUGAACCUUGUACUAGGACUUCAGCGCCGGAGUCACAUCACCGGUGAAUCGGUUCACAACCAAAGAAUUGAGCGUUUGUGGAGGGACGUAUUUUUACACAUAUUGCAACCAAUCUAUAGCAUGUUCUACAAUCUUGAGGAUUCUAAACUUUUGGAUCCCAGCAAUGACAUUCACAAACUUUCAGUCCACGUAGUUUUUCUUCCACAUACACAAAGUAGACUUCAGCACUUCAAAGAGGCAUGGAAUCACCAUGCUUUGCGCACAGAAAAUAAUAAAACACCAACACAAAUAUGGACAGAGGGAAUGCUCUCAAGGAUGGAAACUGACAGCACAGCCAUCAACAAUGUGUUUGGAGACAAUCCCUAUAGGCCUGAAAAUUUACAUGAACUCCUGGCUCAACAUGGCAUCGAGCCUUUGCCCACAGCUGAAAAUGAAGAGAUCCCAGCUGUAACUGUAGUGCAGCCUCAAAUAAGCCUUACUCAGCAGCAAAUGGAAACUGUUUCCCAUGCUCUUGACCAUAUUACAGAUUUGAAGAUGAAGUUUCAGGUGUGUUGUGCAGAAAUUGCUAAUGUUUUUGCAAAUUAGUGUUACAGACUCUUUCUUUUUUAACAUUUUAAUGUGAUUUUAACUGUAACAUGGCAACAGUCUGUUGAACAUUAAGUUUCAGUAGUCACAUUGAACAAAGUUCAAAUGAAAAACAA